AUGGUGGACGACGAAGAUCAGAUGCGCCCAACACGGAGGGAAAUAAAGAAGAGGAAACGUACUGAGGUGUAUGCUGAGUUGCGAAAAAUUCUUGAUAGAGCCAAGAAGGAAGAUCACUUGCUGAAGAGACGAAACCUUAAGAGUGAUGAUGAGCCCCUUUGCCCUCUCCAAGAACCAAAUCGCAUGGCUGCAGCCAACAUGAACAUUGAGGACAUAGUGAAUGGUAUCAACAGUGGUGACGAGAACAAGGAAAUCACUGCAAUAACCCACGUUGCCCGUAAAAUCUUCAGCAGGGAACGUAAUCCACCCAUUGACAUCCCCAUCAAUGCUAAUGUUGUUCCGAUUCAGGAGGUUGUUGACGCCGGGGUCGUCUCGCGGCCUGUCGCUUUGCUGGACCACGUUAAGGUAGCCGUGAUCAUCCCCACUCUAAGAACGGUAAGGAAAGCCAAGAAGGAAGAUCACUUGCUGAAGAGACGAAACCUUAAGAGUGAUGAUGAGCCCCUCAGCCCUCUCCAAGAACAAAAUCGCAUGGCUGCAGCCAACAUGAACAUUGAGGACAUAGUGAAUGGUAUCGACAGUGGUGACGAGAACAAGGAAAUCACUGCAACCCACGCUGCCCGUAAUCCACCCAUUGACAUCCUCAUCAAUGCAAAUUUUCCGAAGCUGGUGGAGUUGUUCAAUCGUAACAACCCCGAUCUUCAGUUUGAGUCAGCCUGGGCUCUCACAAACAGUGCUUCAGGCACAUCUGACCAGACAAACGCUGUCGUCAGUGCUGGGGCUGUUGCUGGCGUCAUUCCCCCGUUGGGGUCACCUCGUCCAGUUGUGGCCGAGCCAGCUAAUCCAGCCGCCUAG